AUGGCAUCCAGUCCGUCGAGCAGUCAAGCCACAAAUGAGGACUUUCAGGGUCCUUUAUCGUCCGCAUCUCAAUCAACAAUAACUCUCAGACCUCAAAAUGCCGAAGCGAAAUUAGCAUUCAGUCAGGUUGUCGAUUGGUUGCUCGAAAAGUCUCAAGCAGAUGACUUUCAGGCACAAGAAAGAGAGCAAGCAAGCCGUUGCAUCUCAAUCGUAUCAAGACAAGUUCGUGAUCAGCAGGUCAAUAGACUUGUCGAACAGAUUGAAACCGGUUGCCUUUCUUCUUCCUCUCCUAUAUCCUCUGGACGGAACGUUGAUAAAGACAGACCGAGCGUGUAUAUUCACACUGGAUGCUACUUCAUCGACCUUGCGCGCCCUCCAGCUAACGACUUCCGAGGAUGGGUCGCAGGCCGCAAAAUCAGCAAGACCGACAACGACCUUAUCCUAUGUCUUGAUAACUCUUCCCUCUUUGGCAUUCGUCAACAUCAUGUUGCUUUCCAAGUCCACGAGACAGGCAGAAUUCUUGUGCAAAAGAUUUCUGAUCGUGGCACCGUGGAAGUCAAUGGCGAUGUUCUCCACUCAAGAGAAAUCAGAUUGUUUAACCAGCAUACCUCGUCUAUUCGCCUCGGACAGUUGACGUACCUGGUUGAAUAUACUCGCCACAGCACCACACAAGAUCACACUAAAGCUAUGGCUGAAUACAUCCGUAAAUUCUACGGCCACAAAAUUCCACUCGAUAUCUCCAUGACCCCGACUCCAGCGCCAGGAAACGCAAUCCAGAUCGGUCAAUGGAGUCUCAGUAGCGCUGGAACAAUAGGAGUAGGCGGCUCUGGGCGGGUUAGCGUUGGCGUGAAUAAGAAGGGUGAUGUUGUGGCCAUAAAGAGAAUGAAUGUCUCAGAGAGAAAUGGGAAUUUGUUGAGGGGCAGGCGGAGCGUAAUUGAGACGUUAACGUUGUUGGCUACUGCUGCCAAAGAGGAGAGAAUUGUUCGACUUGUUGAAGUUAUUACGGAUGAUCCAAAUGCAACUAAUAAAGCUGCUGAUAUAUGGUUUGUCUUGACGCCGUUUACGCCAAGGACUUUACAUGAGUACAAAGGUCCUUUGAAGACGGAAUCAGUUCGAAGCAUGACGAUAGCACUAUUGGAAGCCCUCGCCUUCCUCCAUGCCAACAACUGGAUCCACGGCGACAUAAAACCCAUGAAUAUUGGCAUCCGCAAAUGGGACCUAGACCAAACAUCCAUAGUCCUCCUCGACACAGAAGACGCAAUCUAUGCACCCCGAGGCAUCGCAACAGUGACGCCUGGAACGAAAGGAACAGUAGGCUAUAUAUCUCCCGAGCGAGAGCUGGGAGAGUUUACCGCAACGACGGAUGUUUGGGCUGUUGGUGUAGCAGCAAUUUGGAUGCUUCUUGGAAGACACCCAUGGCAGUAUCGUGUGAAUCCUUGGAGAGAGGGUGAGGCCUUUGAAGGGAAGAGGUGGUUGUUUCAUAGACAUUAUGACGCUGCGGUGAAGAGUAUUGGGGAGUGUGAGGAUGAAGAGCUUGGUACAGCUGUUUUGCGGAUGAUUCGGCAUCCUUAUGCUCGGACGGAAGAGCAGAAAAAGACAAGACCAGAAUGUCGGGAGGUUCUCCAAAUGUUGCGUGCUGGUUCAACUGGUGAGGGAUUCGGACAGAAGCGAACUCGUAUAGGUGCAACAUGA